CAAACCGGCUAUCUGUCUAUGUUUUGUUAUUUUAUCUAUUUUUUUAUCGGAAAAACGACCGGAACAUCAUUCAUUUGAUCCAAUCCAAGAGGAUAUAUUACAUUCAAACCAUUAAUCAUCAUUAAAUAUUGUCCAAUCAAAAAAAUAAAGUGCAAAACUCAAUAGAAUCAAUCGUGUGCAAGAGAGAACGCUAUAGACAUUCGGUAAUCAUGAUUGGAAAUUGGCAACGCACUCUGGCCAACUAUUGGUCGAACACUCAAAAUGAAACGGAAGCAACGCUGCAAGUUGUGAAAGACGAUUUUCGAUGCACUGGACUCUCCUUUGACCACAAUUUCAAAGAAUACUUUUUGCGAGAAACGAAUGAUCGUGUCGCCCAAGCAUAUGAACGGUGUCUCAGGAAUGCUAAAUUCGAGGAGCAAUUCAUUACAGUUCGUGUUCGAGAUCACGAAUGGACUGACAAAAAGACGACCACCGAUGCAAGCGAUGGAACAGCAAUUAACGUAUGGAAUGACUGCUCUCAGAGAGCCACUGAUCCAAUCACAUCGACAAUAAACCAGGAGAUAAAUGUAGUCACCAAUUGUCAACAUACAUUUCCAUCGUUUACACCAUUUUAUGGUGUGCCGAGAAAUGACACGUUUCAACCGUUCACAUCAUUUUUAGACAACAAUAUUGAUCCGAACAAUGUCACUGAAUCGAUCGAAGCAAUGAUUGGCAACGAAUCAAUUUUGACUGCUCAACUCAACGAGUCUCAAGCGAUUAUUUCGAGUGGAAUUAAUCGGAAUGAGAAUGGAAUUGCCCUUGACGACUCAAUUGAAACAUCGAAUGAAGGAAUGACACUGGGUAGCCAAGCACCGAAUACUUCUACUUCUAUGCAGCCAACUAUUGAUCUGAUUGCUCCGACAGUAGUGCCACAAGAAAAUAGAGUCGACCAAGGAAGCGAUGUGAAUGAACACCAAUCAAUGCCAAAUACAACCGCAUUCCAUGAUUUAUCUCGAGCACACAUCCGAGACAAUGAUACACUUCAAGGAUUUGCAUCGUUUUCAAGCAAUAACAUUGAUCUGAACAAUGGCACAGAAUCGCUUGGAGUAAUACUCGGCAACGAUUUAAUAUCUGCAAAUUUUGACUCACUUCAAGCCAAUCUUCCCAAUGGGAUUGGCAUGAGUGAAGAUGUCGUACAAAAUGUCAUAGUGGUCAAUGGAGUAAUGAAGGAAGUGAUGACAAAUGUUCAACCAGAUCCAGCCAUCAGUGAAUGUGACGAGAUUAUUGUAGCGAAUAGCUCAGAAGUGGAGGCAAUACACGUCGAAACAACUGCAGAAAAAGAGAGCAAUCAAACCAAUCAGAAGGAGGUAAAGCAAAUGACGACGAAUAAACGGCGAAAGAGAAAAAUGACAGAAACCUCAAAUGGUAACUCAAAGAAGAAACGGAAGAUUGGGUCACGCUCGUCGACUUCAGGGAGUUCACGGCAGUCAAACAACGUGAAUUUUCAACCCAAUCAACGGAAUAAAAGCAAUUCAAUUGGCACUGAACAACAGAAUGGAUCGACAUCAAAUGGGAAUUCCAAAACUAAAUGUGAGUUUUGUAAUUAUGUUGCAUGGCCUUCAGAACUGAUAAUACACACACGCAAACACACUGGCGAGAAACCAUUUCAAUGCAAAAUUUGUGCAAAAGGAUUUACUCAACGGAGCAAUUUGAAAAUCCACAUGAGAACUCAUGCAAAUCAAUUCCCGUUCCAUUGUUCGAUUUGUCGAGAAGGAUUCGCGGUGAAAUGGGCGAAGGAGGCACACGAGAAAAAUUGUAAUCAACGACGAUUUGAAUGUUACGUGUGCAAAUAUACUACAUUAAUCAAAUGGAGUAUGGUCUACCAUAUGCGUAUUCAUCAUACCGGAUACAAACCAUUCCGUUGCUCUCAUUGCUCAAAACGAUUCAUUCAAAAAUCUCACUUAACGCAACACCAAAAACAUUGUCUUUAUUCGAAUUGAAAUGUCAUUAUUUGUAUCGAGAACAGAAAAUAAAAUCGAAAAUGUUACAAUUGACUAUAUGUUACUUAAAAUGUAAUGUGUUUGCGCUGA